CGCUACAUUCGAAUCCCCGAAGGUGAUCGUCACGAAUUCCUAUGUGCUUGUUUGUCUGUUUGACCCUCAAGGCUUUCUUUCUUGUAAUCCCCCAAAACUACGUUCGGGUAGUUGAGUCAGGUUGAGUAGUCGACUGCUUUAAAGUUGACAUUCACAAGUGAUAGCGUAGAUAGAAUAAUGAGCACGGUUGUACUAUACUCAUAUUUUCGAAGUUCGUGUUCAUGGAGAGUGCGUAUAGCUCUAGAAUUUAAAGAAAUUGAAUAUGAAUACAAAGCUGUUCAUUUAGUGAAGGGAGGUGGUCAGCAGAAUGCUGAUGACUAUAAAAUCAUAAACCCCAUGGCUCAAGUUCCAUCACUAACAAUUGGGGACAAAGUUUUCACUCAGUCGGUAGCUAUUUUGGAAUAUUUAGAAGAAUCUUAUCCUUUAAAACCCUUAUUGCCAAAAGAUGGUGUGAUUAGAUUCAAAGUGAGAGAAAUAUGUGAAAUUAUUGGUUCUGGGAUUCAACCCUUACAGAAUUUGGCUGUACUUAAACAAUUUGAAGAAUCUAAACAGAAAGAUUGGGCUGCUAAGUGGAUUUUCAAAGGACUCACUGCAUUAGAAAAAAUAUUAGAAACUUCCAGUGGAAAUUACUGUGUUGGAGAUGAUGUUACAAUGGCUGAUUGUUGCCUUAUCCCACAACUGUACAAUGCAAGGAGGUUUGAUGUGGACGUGGCACAGUUUCCUAAUAUUGCUCGUGUGGAAAAGAAUCUCGAAGUUCUUGAGCCUUUCGUAAAGGCUCACCCGAGCCGACAACCAGAUUGCCCGCCUGAACUUUCAGCAUGAAAAUAAAACAAAAAAAUUGAUGUGAAAUAGUCGGACUUCAGUCCAUAGAAUAACGAUAUUAAACGAUGAUUAUAAUUUGGUCGAUGGGUUGCGAAUACGGGAGAAUGAAUUGCAAUGGAACUUGUUAUGCUGUUUGAUAUUUACUGAAAAAUAAACAAAAUUUGCCAUUAUCACUUAUCAGAUAUUUGCAAUAUUUAUGUCUUGAAACUAUAGAAUAAAUAGAGUGUAUUCCAGUAUUCCUGUAAAACUGAAACCUGAAAAGUGCUAAAUCCGGUUAAAAUCUUUCAAAAAACCUGUUGAAAGCUGGUAAACAAUCAAUCUGGCAACGUCCGAUUCGUCGUCUGUUCGGUUCGUACGAGUCGCGCUCGCGCAACUGCAAUCUGCAAGAAGCAUCACUUGCUCGUGUCAGUUCAAUACUACAGUACCAAGUGUCAGUCAUAGACUCAUAUCUGUUAAAACCUUAUUUUAUUUUUUUUACAAGUGCUCAUUUAAAAAGUAAUCUAAAAUGGAUUCGGGUGGAUUCGGUAAACCACAAAAACCUCCUAAAGUUGCCAAGGUU